GUUUUCCUGCUGUUGUCGACGCGAGUACAAUUUUCGUUCUAAUGCUAUACAAUUGCACAAAAUUUGGCAAAGAUUAAUCUAAACCAUAGCUAGGACUAAGGACUAUGCUUUAUAAGAGUGUGUUACAAAAAGAUACCAUACAAAAUCAAAACUAAAGGACACCUGCACAUUGAGGAAGUGAAGGCUUUCAAAAAGCUCAUUCGCAAAUAAACAAUUUGGAGACACAAAUUCCCUGAAGCCUCGGCGCAAAAUGUAAAUAAAAACAAUAUAAAAACAAAAACACUAGAUAAAUGUGCCUCAAUGAUUCGCUGCACAAAAAGUCUUAAAAUCCGACAAAGAACAAAGGAUUAAGGUAUUAGCUUGAGACCAGACACUAAUCCCCUGAUCCCUGCACUCCAACAUGCUGAAUAGCCGGAGCCCCCCUCAGUAUAAGCAGCAAUCCCCGGGGGGCUCCGUCGGCUCCGUAGGCUCCGUCGGUUCUGUAUCCUCCGCCAGUUCCUCGUCCCUGCUGGUGGGCCACUAUCAGUCGGCCUACGGGCAGCAAGGUCACUCCCACGCCUGCUAUCAGCAUCAGCUGCAUCAACAUCAGCAGCAGCAGCAGCAGCAUCAACACCAUCACCAACAUCAUCACCACGGAGGACGCACCUCGCUGACACCUACGAUGAAGCGGGGCAAGAAGCAAUGGGGCACCAGGGAGCGCUCCGGGAUGAGUUUCCUCAUCGUCAUCACCUUCUUUGCAGUCUUUGGAUUGAUUAUCCUCACUGAGGUCUUCAUGAUCGACGAGCGCACCCACAAUGGCAUGGUGUCCAUGAGGGCGGGCGGAGGUGGAGGAGCCAGCUUGGGCGGACGGAUGGGCGACUCGAUGCCGGAUUAUGAUAAUGUUAAGGACGAUUACGAUUUAUUGGAUGCCAGCAUUUUGAGUGAUAAUAAAUUAGGUUUUAUACAGCUGCGUGACAAUAAACUUAAAAUUCAAGAAGCCGCAGGCGCCGAUGGCCAGCGCUUGGCAGGCAUGCUCCUCAAUGGCGGCGGUGGAGGUGGCGGUGGUGCUGGGGCUUUUGGUGUGAAUGUACCCCUCAUACCCUGGGGCCAAGUACUGCCCGACAAGGUGGAGGAGACACUGCCCCAUUUUCCAUUUGGCACGCGGCCCACCGACGGCGACUGGCAGGUUGUCAACGGCACCCGCUUCAAGUUCUUUGUCUACUCGGCCUACUUCGAUCGUCGCGAUGGAGCCCGUCUGGUGCGCGUGGUGGGAGCCACAAAGACACGGGGACCGGAGCGGGUCUGGUGCCGGUUCUGGUAUGGUCCCAGUUCGGCGAAUGCCACCGAGGCGGGCUCAUCCUCGGCACGUGCCAAAUACACAUCGGCCACUGUGAUGGCACGCGUCAAGAUCAUUAGAGAGAACUGGAAUCUGAAGUAUAGCGCCUGUUUUAUCCUCUGCCCGGUGAGAGCUCCUCCUCUGACAGUGCCACAGUUUGUGAGCGUGGUGUCCCGACUCCGGGCACCGCCGGGCAAUCUACUGACCCUGCGUAACACCGACCAGGAUGUUGACUUUGCAAAUCCAACAAGAAAUGGUACUACCAAGAAAGGAGCUCCGGUUCCGGCUCCUGCAGGGGGAGCACCCCCAAGUGGCGACAACAUACCCGAUCGCAUUGCUGUCUGCGUAAAACCAUUUCACUUUAACUAUGACCAGGCCCUGUACCUGAUGGAGUACUUGGAAUUCUAUGCCCUGCUUGGUGUCUCCCACUUUACCUUCUACAAUCACACGCUGGGACCGCAUGCUUCCUGUGUGCUCCAGAGUUAUCAGCAAGGACUGGUGCCCGGGAACCUAACAGCUCAUGAUCUGCAGCCGUUGCUACCAGCGGAGGCGGCACGGAAUGCUACGCCUCGCGUACUCACCUCGGAGCACUACCAACGACCCACGGUCAGCAUUCUGCCAUGGAAUCUGCGCAUGCGUAGCCAGAAGGAGAUCCGCACUGAGGGACUCUUUGCGGCACUUAAUGAUUGCCUCUACCGCACCAUGUUCCGCUACAAGUAUCUGGCCCUGGUUGAUCUGGAUGAGUUUAUUGUGCCACGCUACUCGGAUACGCUAAAUGAGCUCAUAGGUUCCUUGAAUCAACGCUUUCGCAAUCGGAAUACGGGAGCCUAUUCCUUCCAGAACGCCUUCUACUAUCUACAGUUUGCGGAUGAUGUUCUGGCCAGCUCUGGGAUUGAUGGUGGCACUGACCAGCUGGCCAGUGUUCGGGCUUCCCUGGUCACUCAGCGCAAGACUCGGAGGCGUUACAAGCUGCAUCCCCAGAAGCAACGAUCCAAAUACAUUUGCAAGCCGGAGGCUGUGGUCGAGGCAGGAAACCACUUUGUGUGGGAGUUUGCUCCCGGCAAAGGCUCCCUCAAUGUGCCGCCCAAGGAAGCCAUCUUGCAGCACUACCGGGUCUGUGAGUUCGGUGGCAACGAUUGCAUCAAGGCACCUUCGAUUGUAGACCGCACCACCACCAAGUAUGUGAAUCGCUUGGUUCAGCGGGUGGAUGCAGUGUACCGUCACUUACGACAACGCUGUGAUCUUCCGGCCCUUCCCCCGAUGCCCAAGCCCAAGGCUAAGCAGCCAACCUCCCCGGAAAAGCCAAAUGAGAAACCCAAGUUAGUUCAACAGAUUCGUGAAAUGGAUACAAAGGAUUCAAAAGAUCAAAAGGUAGUGGUCACGGCCACAACCAAAAGUACUCCCAAAACUACUCCAAAAACUACAUCAACAUCGACAACGACAACAAGCAAGACAACAACGAAAAGAGCGGCAUCGAAACAACAGGAAAAAGUGAAUCCUACAGAGUCUCCUAGGAGCAAACCGACCACUAAGGCAGCCCCAAUUGAUAAGCAAUCCCUUCCCUCGGCCAAUGUCCGUAAGAAACGGAAACUGAUCGUGUUCGAGGUCAAUGACUUUGGGGUUCCUGUGGCCCGGGUGGAGUAUCAAUGAGUGAGGGACUUGGCCGGGAACAUUUAGGCGGCUAGUUUGGUUAGUUUUUCGUGCCAAUCGGUCGGAGAGUUCGUUUAGGUUGUGCGUUAGCUUUAUUUGGCCACAGAGCCAGCAGAAUGCUCAACAAUUGAAUUGACCCUCUCGGUUUAAGUAUUCUUUAGUUGCUCACCGUACAAAUAAAUAUUUCUGAAGGAUAGCUGCACACAGGUAAAACCAAAAGCAAUACUGCAAGAUUUAAAUAAAGGUAGUCUUGAGGUAACAAUAUCAUCUAAAAUAUAAAUACAAUCCCUUGGACAUUUCUUGAAAGCAGAUCAGCUUUUCCGCAACUUCAAGGAUUUAAACUUAAGUGAUUUUCCCAUAACCCAAUCUUAUUUUUUGCAGUAUAACUCUGAGCAAAUUAAACAUAGGAUAAAGUAGAGCCAUCAAAAAAUCAAAACCACAUCGAAAAAUUCAAAAUAAAUCUAGAUAGAUAACUAAUGAAAGAUUUAAGAAAUAUUAAGGUCAACCUUUUAGUUAAAAUUUCGGAUUUUGUUCUCCAUUUUGGUAAUCCUAAUGCAAAAUUAUUCCUAAGUCAAAUUCAAAAGAAUUCCUAAGCAAAGCCAUUAAUUCGUGUUAUAGAAUAAGCAAUAAAAUACACAAAGUAAAAAAGUAAAGAGGAUAAAGCAUGUCUCUUAUAUAAAUAGCAAACAUAUAAACUAUAUGUAAGAAAUCAUAUUUUCCAUAUAAACUGCUUGCCAGGAAAAAUCCUCCGAUCUAAGUUGGCUAUCAUGUAGUCCUUAAGCUAAUCCCUUCAUAUAAAAAUAAAAUUAAAAUCAUAUUUAAGUUAAACAGCAACUGAAACGAAUUUGUAAUGCUUCGAACUUCGAAAGCUUUUUGUUUUGCUUAGCGCGCAAAGAGCCUAAAACACUAAACACAUUAAUGAUUUAAUGAUGCAAAACUAAAUAAAUAUAUCUGAUAGUCGAUAGCUCUUAAGAGAAUACAUAUAGUAAAGAUACAAGACAGUCAAUAAAAUUGU